AUGGCGACCCCUUCCCCUUCAACAACAGAAUCAACGUUAACGAUAACGAUAACCAAAGAGGAGGUAACCACUGUCACAGUGUCUUUGUCGCCGACGACAGUAACGGAGAUUAUCACUGUAACAAGUUCUAUUAUCCCUUCAACUCCAACGAACUCCGCACCCAAUGAUUUGCCCACGGAUGGGACGAAAACCACAUGGUCGUCACCUCCAGACAUGACCGAUCUCAGUUCAUUCCAAAUCUCCAAAUUUGCCGGAGGUGAAAAAAACAUGAAGAUUAUCGUAGACACGUCAUCAAGGAAUAACGAUUCAGAUCUUGCGGCAUCUAGUCAAGGAAACCCUGUUCCAGACAGCGACAGUUCAGUUAUGCAGUUGUUGUAUCCCGCCAACUCCAUCGACCCAGCGAAUAAGCCACAAGGAGGUGCUGAAUUUUACGCAUCCCCUAUCGAUAUUUCGAAUGCGCGUAACGUAACUAUGGGUUAUAGCGUCUUCUUUCCCGAGAAUUUCGACUGGGUGCUAGGCGGAAAACUUCCAGGUUUGUAUGGCGGACAUACAGGGUGUUCAGGAGGAAAUGCUGCGUUGGAUUGCUUUAGUACCCGACUCAUGUGGAGGGAGGAUGGAGCAGGGGAAUUGUACCUGUACGCACCAAAAGACAAACAAACAGAUGCUCUUUGUUCAGAUCCGAAUUCGGUUUGCGAUGCCACAUACGGACUAUCAGUAGGUCGUGGUUUGUUCAACUGGCAAGCAGGUUCAUGGACAACGGUAAAGCAAACUGUCGUCUUGAAUACUCCCGGGAAGCAAGAUGGACGUUUCACUCUACACGUCAACGGAGAACAGGCCAUACAUCGAGACGACAUAUUUUACCGCGACGAUCUUAAAGCCAAGAAGGUAUCACCUAGCAAAACCAGAAAGACAACGCGGCCCAAAAAAACAUCAACGAAGCACCCAGCACCGACCAGCACCUCAGAUGAUGGAGAUGACGGAGGGCUUCUUGGACCAAUCUUGGGAGGCAUACUUGGUAUCCGCCGUCGCGGAACGCCAGUUCCAGAAGGCUCCCAUGAUGGCAGUCGGCAGAUUGUGCAAACUACACUCUCCGAUCCAUUGGGCCCCAGGUUACGGGAGACUAGAUUACAACCGCGGGGGCCUCGCACGUUCGAUGUAAUAGUUAGCACCACAGGAGUGCCAGUCGCAGCCGCAACGACAGCGAUCCCAGUUGCAAUCGAAUCGGUCGAAGAAUCGGAGGUAAAAUUUGCUGGAAUCUUCUUCAGUACCUUCUUUGGUGGCCAUGAAUCAAAGUAUGCGACUCCUCAGGACCAAUAUGUAUGGUUCAAGGAUUUCUCGCUGACGUAUAACGCGUAA